GUCUCCUCCCCCUUUUUCUCCAGUUGUGUGUUUGUAAUACACCAAUCGCAUAGGCCUCCACUACUGGAUACCGUUAGUUCAUUACACAGCUGAAGCCAUGUCCACCACCGAAGUUAAGCCAGUUGGGCGUACGAUUUUAGCCUCGACUAUAGCGAAGACGUAUAUCAGCGAAGUUGAAGAUGGCGUCCGUAAGCUCGGUAGAUCGCCAAAGCUGGUUGGCUUUCUUGCCAAUGCUGAUCCAGCUGCGAAGAUGUAUGCUGAAUGGACAGGGAAGACGUCAGAGUCGCUCGGGUUCACGUAUGAGCUGAGGGUCGUUGACAAGGAUGAUUUGGAAGAGUCCAUCAUCGACGCCAAUGAGGAUGAUUCUGUUGAUGGUAUAAUGGUGUAUUUCCCAGUGUUUGGCAACAGACAAGACCAAUACCUACAACAAGUUGUCUCGCUGGAGAAAGACGUCGAGGGACUGAACCAUAAAUACAUCCAGAACAUGUACCAUAACAUCAGAUUCCUCGAUGAGGAAGAACAACAGAAGUCUAUUCUUCCCUGUACACCAUUGGCCCUUGUCAAGAUUUUGGAAUAUUUGGGUGUCUAUAACACACUGCUGGACUACGGUAACAGAAUGUACGGUAAGCAAGUUGUCAUUGUGAAUAGAUCUGAAAUUGUUGGCCGUCCCCUUGCAGCUUUAUUGGCAAAUGACGGUGCUACCGUAUAUUCUGUUGAUCUUGACGGCAUCCAGAGAUUCACGAGAGGCGCAGGGCUUCAUCUGAAGAGACAUAAAGUCGAAGACGUUGACUUGACUUUGGAAGACGUUGCAAAGAAUGCCGACGUCAUCGUCACCGGUGUUCCAUCUCCAAACUACAAAUUCCCAAAGGAGUUGGUUAAGGAUGGCGCCGUCUGUGUAAACUUCUCCUCUGAGAAGAACUUCAACCCAGACGUCAAGGAAAAGGCCUCAUUGUACGUUCCAAUGACUGGUAAAGUCACCAUCGCAAUGCUAUUGAGAAACUUGUUGAGAUUGAUCGAUAACAAGGUUGCAAACAAGUCAAAAUGA